CCCUGCGUGUCGCCGUGCUAGAAAGCCACCUGAGCAGCACACCUGCCACCGAGCGGAGCAGACCCAGCUCCCCACUGCGCAUGCGCCGCUCACUCAAGGGCUACACUGUCAUGGCGGUGACGAGCUGAAGCUACCGGGGAAGAUCAGGAAGCAAAUGCAGCGCAGCUGGGUCACCGUUGUCAUUUAACCAAGUCUGCGGAGUUUCCCGGGGAGCCCCGAGCGGACCCCCGUCCUUCGUCGUCUCCCUCCGGAGCUGCUGGCGGACUUGCUCCCCCCCAGUUUGUGAGUUUUUCCUGCUUCUGCUUCAGCGCGCUACCUGUCAAGUGUCUGCACUCAGUGACAACAGCAACUUCCACGGCUGCACGGAGACAUUAAAGUCACCGUAUCCUCGUUCGCCGUCUGACCGAGCGGAGGAGGAGGAGAAAGCAGGUAAAGGGGAGAGCUCCGCUUCACCUCUUGUCACCUGCAGAGCUCCUCUUCGCGGAUUUUUUUUUUUUUCUUAAUCCAUCCGUCUGGAGUCAAGUUACGGAUCAGGGCAGAGGAGGGAGAGAGAGAGAGGAGUAGUUCACUGACAUUUCCAGCCUGUAGCAAAAAAAAAAAAAAAAUCUCUCAGCGCCUUUAAUUGUUGCCCACUUUCGAGGCUCAUUCGGCCAAACAGUUGUUGGAUGGGGAGGACAAAUCUUCGCUUAUGUGCCUGUGUGGACUGUCAACAACUGAGCUGAAGGGGAGAUAGAGUCCUCUUUCUCCUCCCGACGUCGGCGUCGCUUGUCACCGUUGGAGGUGAACAGGUGCCUUACCUGUGAACGCCACCUGUCCUCCUUCCUUAGCCAUGGCUAGCGAGGAGCCGGCGGGCGCCGCGCAGCCCGGCGAUGGGAAGGACGGGAGACCGGGCGCCAUGGCUCUCAACCCCGCGGUGCCCAUCAGGGGGAUACGGAUGAAAUUCGCCGUGCUCGCCGGCCUGGUGGAAGUUGGGGAAGUUUCCAACCGAGACAUUGUGGAGACGGUGUUCAACUUGCUGGUGGGCGGCCAGUUCGACCUGGAGAUGAACUUCAUCAUCCAGGAGCCGGAGAGCAUCGUGUGCAUGGUGGAGCUGCUCGACAAAUGCGAGCCCACCUGUCAGGCCGAGAUCUGGAGCAUCUUCACGGCCAUCAUGAAGAAGAGCGUCCGCAACCUGCAGGCGUGCACUGACGUGGGGCUCAUCCAGCAGGUGCUCCUGCGUAUAUCCACCACUGACAGCAUGAUCGCAGACCUGCUGGUGGACAUGUUGGGAGUGCUCGCCAGCUACAGCAUCACAGUGAAGGAGCUGAAGCUUUUCUUCAGCAAACUGCAAGGGGAGAGAGGCCAGUGGCCUCGUCAUGCGGUGAAGCUGCUGUCAGUGCUCAAGUACAUGGCUCACAGAAACGGCCCCGACUCCUUCUUCAGCUUUCCAGGCAAAAACGCAGCCGCUAUAGCUCUACCCCCCAUAGCAAAAUGGCCGUACCAGAAUGGCUUUACAUUCCACACAUGGCUCCGCAUGGAUCCUCUCAACAACAUCAAUGUAGACAAAGACAAGCCUUACCUUUACUGCUUCCGCACCAGUAAAGGCCUGGGCUACUCGGCGCACUUCGUGGGCGGCUGUUUGAUUGUGACCUCGUUGAAGUCGAAGGGGAAAGGAUUCCAGCACUGCGUGAAGUACGACUUCAAGCCGCAGAAGUGGUACAUGGUGACCCUGGUUCACAUCUACAACCGCUGGAAGAACAGCGAAAUCAGCUGCUUCGUGAACGGAGAGCUGGCGUCCUUCGGAGACAUAGCCUGGUUUGUCAACACCAGCGACACAUUUGACAAGUGCUUCCUGGGAUCGUCUGAGACGGCGGAUGUCAACCGCGUGUUCUGUGGCCAGAUGGGAGCAGUUUACCUGUUUGGAGAAGCUCUCAGCGCUGCUCAGAUCCUGGCCAUCUAUCAGCUGGGUCCAGGCUACCAGGGCGUAUUCAAGCACAGGGCUGAGAGCGACUUGUUGUUCGCCGAGCAUCAUAAGACCUUACUUUACGACGGCAAGCUGUCCUCCGCCAUCGCCUUCACUUACAACCCUCGCGCCACGGAUGCCCAGCUCUGCCUCGAGUCCUCUCCCAAGGACAACGCCUCCAUUUUCGUCCACUCGCCCCACGCGCUCAUGCUGCAGGACGUGAAGGCGGUGGUGACUCACUCAGUGCAGAGUGGCAUCCACUCCAUCGGUGGUGUCCAGGUCCUCUUCCCACUGUUUGCACAGCUGGAUUAUUACCAGCCUUCCAGCCACGAGCUGGACACCUCUGUCUGCUGCACUUUGCUGUCCUUUGUGAUGGAGCUCCUGAAGAACUCGGUGGCCAUGCAAGAGCAGAUCUUGGCCUGCAAAGGCUUCCUUGUCAUCGGCUACACUCUGGAGAAGUCUUCCAAGGUGCACGUGACUCGUCCCGUCCUGGACAUUGUACUGGCCUUCUCCAGAUACCUUAGCAACUUGCAGAGCGGCAUCUUGCUGCUCAAGCAGCUGUGUGAUCACAUUCUCUUCAACCCGGCCAUCUGGAUCCAUGCCCCUGCCAAGGUGCAGCUGACGCUCUACACCUACCUGUCGACGGAGUUCAUCAGCACAGUGACCAUCUACAACGCCAUCCGCAGGGUGGGCACUGUGCUCCAGAUCAUGCACACACUAAAGUACUACUACUGGGUCGUCAACCCUCAGGACCGCAGUGGAAUCGUGCCCAAAGGCCUCGACGGUCCAAGGCCGAACCAGAAGGAGGUGCUCUCUUUGCGAGCCUUUUUGCUUUUGUUUGUCAAGCAGCUCAUAAUGAAGGAUCACGGCGUGAAGGAAGACGAGCUACAGAGCAUCCUCAGCUACCUCCUGACCAUGCACGAGGAUGAUAAUCUCAUGGAUGUACUACAGCUGCUGGUCGCUCUGAUGUCUGAACAUCCCGGCUCCAUGGUCCAGGCCUUUGAUCAGCGAAAUGGGAUUCGUGUCAUUUAUAAGCUUCUGGCUUCAAAAAGUGAAGGAAUCAGAGUCCAGGCUCUCAAAGUCAUGGGCUACUUCCUGAAAAACCUGUCACUAAAGAGGAAAGCUGAGGUCAUGCUGAGCCACGGCCUGUUCUCGCUGCUCACCGAGCGCCUGAUGCUCCACUCCAGUCAGUUCAGCAUGACGACGUACAACGUGCUCUACGAGAUUCUUACAGAGCAGAUCUGCACUCAAGUGAUCCAUAAACAGCAUCCGGACCCCGACUCCACCGUGAAGAUCCUCAACCCACAGAUUCUGAAGGUAAUCGCUGCCCUGCUGAAGAACUCUCCCCCGUGCCCCGAGAGCAUGGAAGUGCGCCGGCUCUUUCUGUCCGACAUGAUCAAGCUGUUCAAUAACAGCCGAGAGAACCGCAGGAGCCUGCUGCAGUGCUCGGUGUGGCAGGAGUGGAUGCUCUCCCUGUGCUUCAUCAACCCGCGGACCAACGAGGAGCACAAAAUCACGGAGAUGGUGUUCGCCAUCUUCCGCAUCCUCCUCUACCACGCCAUCAAGUACGAGUGGGGCGGCUGGCGGGUCUGGGUGGACACCCUGUCCAUCACGCACUCCAAGGUGACCUUUGAGCAGCACAAGGAGAAUCUGUCCCGCAUGUUUCGUCAGUAUCAGAAUCAGGACUCUACGGGAUCUCAAGGCCCAAUUCGCUCCAUCUCUGGCGUCAGCCAAAGCUCCGAGGCUGACGGAAGUGUGAACGGGCCGGCCGUAGAGGAGACGGCUCCCUCCACUGUCAUUGAACUUAAGGUGGACGAAAUGUCUCUAAGAUCCCCCGACUCCGCGUCUAGUUCGGCCGUCAGCUCCAGCCCGCUGGAGACGGGUGACGAAAGGGGACCCGCGGCCAUCACGGUGUCCAACAUCCUGGCUAGGGCCGAAGAAGAAGAAGAACAGAGGCUGGUGGAGGAGGCUUCCAGAGAUGGUUCAGGUGCUGAAAAAGAGACCGAAGCUGCUGCGGUCCAAGCGACAAAUGCAGAGGAACAAAGUGAAGUGACAAACGAGCAGAAGGAUGAGGUUAGAGACACGCCUUCAAGUGACGACGUGCAAGCACCUGUAACGGAUAACGAAAAGUCUGAGAGCGAACCCAACAAAGGUGAAUCAUCGACAUCUAUGACAGAAGACUCUUUAAAUGAAGCAGACACAGAUGUGCCGGUGGUUUCUGAACCAGAAGUUAAGACCCCAGAGACCUCAGCCUGUCUGGACAACAGCGCGCUAGGUGGAGCUUCCGUCUUCAACGAGGACUUGGUCGACAUGUCGUCUGUUAGCGACCAGAUCCACCCUAGCGAUGUCGACGACAGCCAAGAGGAGUCCUCCUAUGCUUCUGCUGCUGCUGGAGAUGAUGACAACGAAAGCAAAAAGAAUGACCAGGAAGAGCAGGAGUUGAAAAAGGGAGAAGAGAAAGAUUCGAAGGAGGACGAAGAAAAAGGUGCAGGAAGUGAAGCUGGAGACGAUCAGGAGUCUCGUUCGGAGAGCCAGGCUUCUCCAACUGAAACACCUGAACAAAAUGUCUCGGAACCACCUGAAGAAAAGGUUGCAGACGAAAAGUCUUCCUCCUCAGCUGAAGCUGCUUCUGCAGACCAGCAGCACUCAGAUAACACACUACCCUCUGCAGCCCAGGAGGUUGCUGCAGCAUCAGACUCCACCUCACUCAGCCAGCCUUCAGAGACCAGCGGCACCCCAGGAGAGGAAGCCCUCUCUGCUGACGGUAGCAAGGCUGCCGCUGCCACCUCUGACACCAGCAAGAGUGUGGACGCCACCAGCAAGACCAAAGAGAUCAAAAUUGCCAGACUGGACGUGUCCAAUGUGGCCUUAGACACUGAGAGACUUGAAUUAAAGGAGACCUCUAUGACAGAAACAAGCCAAGGUCAGGCUGCAGCAGCAGCAGCAGCAGCAGCAGCAGCAGCAGGAGGAUCUUCAGGCCAGCCGAGAGAGAGCAGCUCGUCUGCUCCUCGCUCCACCAUGUUUCGUAUCCCAGAAUUCCGCUGGUCCCACAUGCACCAGCGCCUCCUCACCGACUUGCUCUUCUCCAUUGAGACGGAUGUCCAGAUGUGGAGGAGCCACUCCACAAAGACAAUUCUGGACUUUGUGAACAACAGUGAGAACGUCGUGUUUGUCCACAACAGCAUCCACCUCAUCUCCCAGGUGGUGGACAAUCUCAUCAUGGCCUGUGGAGGCAUUUUACCUCUCCUCUCUGCUGCCACCUCCUCCUCUCAUGAACUAGAGAACAUUGAACCAUCCCAAGGCCUGACUGUGGAGGCUUCGGUCACCUUCCUGCAGCGACUCGUCAACCUCGUGGAUGUUCUCAUCUUCGCCAGCUCCCUCAACUUCACCGAGAUAGAAGCCGAGAAGAACAUGUCGUCGGGGGGCAUCCUCAGACAGUGCCUUCGCCUCGUGUGCGCUAUGGCGGUGAGGAACUGUCUGGAGUGCCAGCAAGCCCAGUUUAAGCACGGGGUGGAAGCAUCUGCACGAAACUACACAGCCGUGCCCAGCACUAUGCUUGGAGCGGCCAAGUCUGCAACCGCACAGAGUCCUGUUGACGCGGUGACAGGUGGCUUGUCUCCAGUCAGAGACUUGGACCGGCUGCUUCAGGACAUGGACAUUAACCGCCUGAGGGCCGUCGUCUUCAGAGAUAUUGAGGACAGUAAGCAGGCCCAGUUUUUGGCGCUUGCCGUGGUUUACUUCAUCUCGGUCCUCAUGGUGUCCAAGUACCGUGACAUCCUGGAGCCUCACAAUGACAAGAAACACCCUCAACGCUCCCAGUCCGCAAGGAGCACAGACAGUGGAGCGGUUUCGGCCGGAGCGGAGGUGGAGAACGGCUUCUCCCUCAGGCGCUACGACUCCGGCCUCGGUGAGGACCACGCCUCGACGGCCGCGAGCGAGGCGGAGCUGUCAUCCUCUGGCGCGACUCACGGCCCCGACGCCAUCUCGGAGGCCCUGUCCACGCUGUCGUCUGAGGUCAGGCCUUCUCUGCCCGCUGACUCAAAGGGCAAGAAUGUGAAGGACAUCCUGCGCAGACUAGUGAGCAAUCCAGCCGAUGACAUCAUGGUCGACCCGAGUCUGCUGCCACCAGCGUUUGUCGGAAACAUGGGCGAUUUGGCCAAAGACUCACUGCAGUUCAGCUCUUUUGAUAGAAGCGUCGUCGUCGCGCCCAAGAAACCGGGCAUGAUGCCACCCCCCGGCACCCCCGCCCUGGCAGCCACCGCUGCCUCCGUGUCCGGCGGGACACCUAUGGACGGCGUCGCCGUGGUGUCUUCUGGUGACUCCUCCCAGAACGCCUCCGCAGACUCUGCAGCCGGCGGCCAGGAUCCAGCCAGCGCUAGCCUGCCAUCUGUCCCCCCACUCUCCCCUGUGACCCAGAACACAGCCCCCAAUAUGAGUAUCUCGGAGCGUCUGGAGCACGCUCUGGAGAAGGCGGCUCCUCUGCUGAGGGAGAUCUUUGUGGACUUUGCCCCCUUCCUAUCUCGCACCCUGCUGGGCAGCCACGGACAAGAGCUCCUUAUUGAAGGCACCAGCCUGGUGUGUAUGAAGUCCAGCAGCUCGGUGGUGGAGCUGGUCAUGCUUCUGUGCUCGCAGGAAUGGCAGAACUCCAUCCAGAAGAAUGCUGGCCUCGCCUUUAUCGAGCUGGUCAACGAAGGCAGGCUUCUCAGUCACACCAUGAAGGACCACCUGGUUCGUGUUGCUAAUGAAGCCGAGUUUAUCCUCAGCCGACAGAGGGCCGAAGACAUCCACAAACACGCGGAAUUCGAGUCCAGCUGUGCUCAGUACGCGGCAGAUAAGCGCGACGAGGAGAAAAUGUGCGACCACUUGAUCCGGGCGGCCAAGUACCGCGACCACGUGACGGCCACCCAGCUCAUCCAGAAGAUAGUCAACAUCCUGACCGACAAACAUGGACCCUGGGGAAACUCCACCGUAAGCCGGCCGAGGGAGUUCUGGCGCCUGGACUACUGGGAGGACGAUUUAAGGCGGCGACGUCGCUUCAUCAGGAACCCCUUCGGAUCCAGCCACUCAGAAGCCACGCUCAAAGCCGCGACCGAACACGUGGCUGAUAUCAGCGCAUCCGAGGAGGACAUCCUCAAAGGGAAGCAGUCCAUCAGGGGUCAUGCCCUCGGAAAUCAAAACUCGGAGAGUGAGACGUCACUUGACGGAGACGAUGACACCCUGUCCUCCUUGGAGGAGAAGGACCUGGAGAACCUCACAGGCCCUGUAAACCUGAGCACCAGCGCUCAGCUCGUCGCUCCGGCCGUGGUGGUGAAAGGCACUCUGUCCGUCACCGCCUCCGAGCUCUACUUCGAGGUUGACGAGGACGAGCCCAGCUUCAAGGCCAUCGAUCCGAAGAUUCUAGCCUACACAGAAGGUCUUCAUGGAAAAUGGCUGUUCACAGAAAUCCGGGCUGUCUUUUCCAGACGCUACCUGCUGCAGAACACUGCUCUGGAAGUCUUCAUGGCCAACAGGACGGCUGUCAUGUUCAACUUCCCGGAUGCGGCCACGGUAAAGAAGGUGGUUCACAGUCUCCCUCGGGUUGGAGUGGGCACGAACUUCGGCCUUCCACAGACCAGACGCAUCUCUCUGGCCACGCCCAAGCAGCUGUUCAAAGCGUCCAACAUGACCCAGCGCUGGCAACGCCGUGAGAUAUCCAACUUUGAGUACCUGAUGUUUCUCAACACCAUCGCGGGUCGCACCUUCAAUGACCUAAACCAGUACCCGGUCUUCCCCUGGGUCAUCACCAACUACGACUCAGAGGAGCUUGACCUCACUCUGCCCAGCAACUUCAGGGACCUCUCCAAGCCCAUCGGCGCACUGAACCCCAAGAGAGCGGCUUUCUUUUCUGACCGAUACGAGACCUGGGAGGAUGACCAGGUGCCCAAGUUCCACUAUGGCACCCACUACUCCACCUCCAGCUUCACCCUCAUGUGGCUGCUGCGCAUCGAACCCUUCACUACGUUCUUCCUCAACUUCCAAGGGGGGAAGUUUGACCACGCUGACCGCACCUUCUCCUCGGUGUCCAGAGCCUGGAGGAACUGCCAGAGAGACACAUCUGAUGUUAAGGAGCUGAUUCCCGAGUUCUACUAUCUGCCUGAGAUGUUCAUCAACGCCAACAGUUACAACCUGGGCGUGAUGGAGGACGGCACCGUCGUCUCUGAUGUGGAUCUGCCGCUGUGGGCCAAGAGCCCGGAGGAGUUUGUGCGCAUCAAUCGACUGGCUCUAGAGAGCGAGUUUGUGUCCUGCCAGCUUCACCAGUGGAUCGAUCUGAUCUUCGGCUACAAGCAGCAGGGGCCCGAAGCCGCCAGAGCCCUCAAUGUUUUCUAUUAUCUCACCUACGAGGGCGCGGUCAAUCUCAGCUCCAUCACCGACCCCAUGCUCAGAGAGGCUGUGGAGUCUCAAAUUAGGAGUUUUGGACAAACCCCCUGCCAGUUGCUCAUCGAGCCACACCCACCCCGAAGCUCAGCCAUGCAAGUGUAUCUUCUCCUGCAGACCCCGCUGAUGUUUACUGAGCAGAUGCAGCAGGAUGUCAUCAUGGUGCUGAAGUUCCCGUCCAAUUCUCCUGUAACGCAUGUAGCGGCCAACACCCAGCCGGGUCUGACAGCGGCCGCCAUCAUCACUGUCACCGCUAACCGGCUCUUUGCUGUGAACAAGUGGCAUGGCCUCACAGGUCAUCAGAGCUCAACGGUGCAGGACCAGCAGUACCAACUUCCUGUGGAGAUCGACCCUCUCAUAGCCAGUAACGUGGGCAGUCACCGGCGUCAGAUCUCAGACCUGCUGGACCAGAGCAUUCAGAUCAGCUCGCAGUGCUUCGUCAUCACCGCCGACAACCGCUUCAUCCUUCUGUGUGGCUUCUGGGACAAGAGCUUCAGGGUCUACUCCACUGACUCAGGCAAACUGACUCAGAUAGUGUUCGGGCACCGUGACGUGGUGACGUGCCUGGCCCGCUCCGAGUCCUACAUCGGAGGGGACUGCUACGUCCUGUCGGGCUCCAGGGAUGCCACCCUGCUGCUGUGGUACUGGAACGGAAAGCACUGCAGCAUUGGAGAGAGCCCAGGCACAAUGUUUACCACGCCGAGGGCCAUCCUUACAGGCCACGACUGUGAGGUGACAUGUGCAAGUGUGUGUGCUGAGCUGGGUCUGGUCAUCAGCGGCUGCAAAGAGGGUCCUUGUCUGAUCCAUUCCAUGAAUGGGGACCUUUUGCGGACCCUGGAGGGCCCAGAGCGCUGCCUGCGUCCCCGCCUCAUCCAGUCAUCAACCGAAGGACACUGCAUUAUCUAUUACGACAAGGGACAGUUUUGUUACUUCAGUGUCAACGGCAAACUGCUGGGACAUGUGGAAGUCGAGGAUAGCAUCAAGGCCAUGCUCCUCAGUCGUGACGGCCAGUACCUGCUGACAGGUGGAGAUGGAGGUGUCGUGUCUGUCUGGCAGGUCCACGACCUCAAACAGCUGUUCACCUACCCGGGCUGUGACGCGGGGGUCCGCUCCAUGGCUAUGUCGCAUGACCAAAGGUGCAUCAUAACCGGCAUGGCGUCUGGAAGCAUCGUACUUUUCUACAACGACUUCAACAGGUGGCAUCACGAGUACCAGACCAGGUACUGAGGACGCUUGACCGGGGAAAAAGAAAGAAAAAACAAAACCCAACCUGUUCUGAACUUAAAGGCACUGUUCUGUCUGUAUCCUGAAUGUAUCUCAGAUGAAAGAAGAAGAAGAAAAACAUAAAAAAAAAUGUCCGUUAUAGUUAAAGGAUCUAAAACUAUUUUUAAAAAGGGCAUUGCUAUAUUUUGUAGAUCAGAUAGGAACUUUUCAUAUAAAUCUUAGGGUGGGGGUUAUGUUACUGUACGGUUAAAAGCAAAUCUAUUUUUAGCUGUAAGAGUCUAUUUUCAUCUCUAGACAAAAAAAAAAAAAAUAAGGAGGGAUUUAUGGGGAGUUAGUGAAAAUCUUUUCUCUUGACUUAAAAAUCCAAAUAUUUGUGUACUUUAGGGUGAAUGAUUUAUUUUUUCUGUAGGUGUGUAUGUGGGGAAUAAUUAUUAAGCUAUCAUUCACUUUAACAUGCUUUUCCCUAUUUUUGGCAGCACAGCAGGUAGUUCUGAAAUCUGAAUGAAUAAAUAAAUAAGUAAAAUGUACUGGAAAGAAAGACAAGUGAAGAGGGAAUAUACAUUCAUAUAAAUAUCUAUAUAUACAAUCUUUAAAUGUAGUCCUCCAUAUUUAAGGUUUCUAAUCCCUCUGUACCUCUGUGCUUGCUAAGAGGUUGCGUCUGUGUGCAUGUCUCACUACUCAUAUAAAUCAUAUCAGUGCAGCUCUGUCUCCUCAUUAUUUAAUUUUUCAAACAUCAAAACGUCCCUAGGUUUCUGUGAAGGAGUCAACUCAUUUUACCUUUCCUUCUGAAAUGACUGAAGCGGAUAUUAUUUUCUAAAAUGAGAAUUGUGACCGUUAGAUGGAUCUUUACAUGACUUUACAUUAAGAAUCAUCAUCGUACCUGACGUCCAAGCCAGCUCAGCAUCUUCAAAGUCCUCUUCGAGUCUAGUCUCCGUAGCAGCUAAAUGCAAUGCGAGAUGUGCAAUGAAAGGCAGGACUUACCCUUUUCUAUCUGGGUCAUUAUCAUUUUUCUUUCUCCAUCACAGAAGGAGUGAUUCGUUUAGCACUAAAAUGCUAAUGAUGCAUAUUUGGCGUAUUAUGAUUUCUGGAACCAUUCCUUUCUUUUAAGUUUUGCGCUUCGAUGUGGUUUGAAUCUCCGGUUAUAUAGGAACUACUUUUAUCUAUCAACCAAUAUAUUUUGUUUUUCUUUUUGCAAUCAUUUUGGAGUGUUUUGUGUGCUGAGUUCUGACAAUAAAAUGGAAUUUUAUAACUUGAA